ACGUCAGUUAACAGCAUGGUACCGUGAAAUGUGUUGUAUGUACUUUUAAUCAAUCUUUUUUUUGAUAUUUUCCAACGCUCUUGUAUCAAGACUGUUCUUCGACGUUUAUACGUUUUACAUUUAAUUAACAUAGAUAUUGUAUAAAAAAACUGUCCAUAAUGGAUAUGCUUAAACACUUAUCAAUCCCUUCUGAAUAUAAAGAUGCGGUUCUAAAUACAGUACGUAAGAUGCAGGAGCAUUGUAGCAAUAGGAGCAGAAGUUAUCAAUGGAGCUUGGAUGAUUUUGAAAUCGGAUCGCCAUUAGGGAGAGGAAAAUUUGGUCGUGUAUACCUAGCCAGAGAAAAGACUACUCAGUAUAUGGUUGCUCUAAAGACAUUAUAUAAAGUUGAAUUGGUAAAAGGUCGCGUGGAGAAGCAAGUAAUGCGAGAAAUUGAAAUACAAUCACAUUUAAGACAUCCACACAUUCUUCAAAUGUUAACGUACUUUCACGACGCCAAGAGAAUCUAUCUGGUAUUGGAAUUUGCUGCGAGAGGUGAAUUGUAUAAGGAAUUAAAACGUCAACCGAAUGAGAGAUUCAAUGAGCACUUAUCUGCCAAAUAUACUUAUCAAGUGGCCGACGCUUUGGAGUAUUGUCAUAGGAACAACGUGAUUCAUAGAGAUAUAAAACCUGAGAAUUUGUUACUUACACAUAAUGGAGAUAUAAAACUUGCAGACUUUGGAUGGUCUGUCCACGCGCCAUCCCAAAAGCGAGACACUUUGUGCGGAACGUUAGAUUAUUUGCCACCGGAGAUGAUAAUGGGACAGACUUACGAUUUAUAUGUUGACCACUGGUGUUUAGGAAUUCUCUGUUACGAGUUUCUCACGGGGCAACCGCCUUUCUUAAGUGGUUCCACACAAGAAACUUAUGCCAAGAUCAAGACUAUUAAUAUACAAUGGCCAACACAAAUUAAACCUGGAGCUAAAGAUCUUAUAUCUAAGCUGAUCAAGAAAAAAAGUUCGGAGCGAAUUUCUUUGGCUGAAGUUAAACAACAUCCCUGGAUCAUAGAACACAAAAAUCCACCUAAACCGAAGUUGAAUUUAAUAUUAAGAAUAUAGAGUUAGAUUCGCGUUACGGCCAUUUCAAAUUAAUACUCGUGACGUCUAAUGCGACAAUAUCUACUUCAACAUUAAGGAAAUCGCACAGACUCGGCUUGGUCCUA